UUGUUGUGAUUUCAAGCACAACAGGAGUUUCCUGGCAACAGUUGUGAGACUCCAAAGGUGGCAGACAAUGGAGGUGGCUGAUGACAUAAAGGAGUCUCUUCAGAAGUCUGGAAUACAGAGAGAUGUUGAUGUUUGCCAACUCAGCCUCGCCACAAAAAAACUCACCAGCGUCCCUGACUUAUCAAGAUUUCACUUUCUGAGGGAGCUGUGGCUGAAUAACAACAAGAUCAGAGAGCUCAGCUGUCGUUCCCUCAACUGCUGCUUGACUGAACUUUACCUCCACAACAACAACAUCAAGUCUAUAUCUGGGGCCCUCAAUCAUCUGACCUGCCUCCGACUUCUUUUUCUCCACAACAACCAGAUCAGAGGGCUGGAGGACACGAUGCACGAGCUCAGGAAAAUGCAGCAGCUCCAAACUGCAUCUUUCUUCCUCAAUCCCAUCUCCCAUCAACCUGAGUAUCGCCUCCAUGUGAUCCACUGCCUGCCUUCUGUCCUGGUUUUGGAUAGAAAAGAGGUGAAGUCAGUGGAGAGGGAGAGAUCCUUCCAGAUGUACAGCCAGGAGCGUCAUCGUGUCCUCCAGUCUGUGGCUUUCUGCAGACGGGCAACAUAGUCCUCAAGUAACCAAACAGAUGGCUCCAUGAAACGCUCUUCACUAGUCAAAUUAAGGAUCAGUUCACUACUAUCAUUGAGGUUUGGGUGUUUUAUUCAAUUUUAUAGCAUUAUUCUGACUAAACUUUGACAGUCUGUGAUUAUCCAUCAAUAUCCUGUGAUCUUAAAUAUUAGUCA